AGACGACUUUGCAACUUGUAAUCAGCCUUUCAAUCCUAUAUCCACUCUACGUUACUUUGUUUUUUGAUCCACAACAUCCUCACACAUCUCUCUCAUCAUGCCCGUCGACAAGCAGAACCCUCCCCAAAAGUACCACGAGCCCGUACAGGGAACCGUUUUCCACGGCGAUGGUCGAGAAGAAGCCCUUCAAAAGGCCCUCCUGGCCGAACCUUCGUUGCAGAACAACCCGGGUACUCAGCCUGUCCUCGACUUCUUGUACGAGUUUGGUAAAAAGUUCUACUUGAUGAACGUCGGUGGCACCAAGGGAGAGGGAGUCGAGAGGGUAAUCAAGGAGAGGAAACCCAAGCUGGUGCUAGAAGUCGGUUCUUACGUCGGAUACUCGGCCAUCACCUUCAGCCGAUCCAUGCGAGACGCCCACCCGAACAGCAUCUACCCCAAAGACUGGUCCUCUGACACCACGGAAGACCGAGCCGGAUACAUUUCGCUCGAGAAGAGCCCCGUGUACGCUGCUACCGCUAGGACCGCCAUCGAGAUUGCCGGGUUGAAGGAUGUCGUCAAGAUCGUCGAGGGCAGUUCGACCUCGUCGAUCAAGAGCUUGAGGGAGACGCUCAACCUCCCCGCUCCGCUCAAGUUUGACCUCGUCUUUAUCGACCACUUGAAGCCGUUGUACACCAACGACUUGAAGAUGAUGGAGGACGAGGGACUCGUUGGACCCGACACCUGCAUCGUGGCCGACAACGUCGUCAAGCCCGGUAACCCCGCCUACCUCAGUUGGGUCCGAGCCACCCCCGCACUCAAACGGGCCUCGUUGGAGAAGCCUCGUCUCACCACCCAACCUCCCGCGACGACCAACCCGUCCACCAAGGAAGAGUGGACCAAGGCCUUCUUUGAUGGACCGAUCGAUGAGACCCGUUGGACCCCGGACGAGAGCGAGGGCGUGACGGCCAAGGGGAACCCGAACUUGGUCUACUCGAGCGAGAUGGUCUGGGGUUACGACGACUUGACCGCCGAGGUGGACGCUUGUGAGAUCUCGGUCUGUCUCAGGGAGGAAAAGGAGUAAGGGAGCAGGCGUGUCCGCUCGAUAUAGAUACAUAGGUCGAUCUGGACCAGGAAGGUACCAAAUACGUCAGAAAAAGGGAAUCUGGGAGUAAUCAGUGAAUUAUACGACGAUACAGCUAGAAUACGUAGUGAACAAGGUAUAUAUAUGUGGUGACAGGAUGACGACGAUAUGACGAUGCAUGCAGUGUUG